AUGGCUGACGUCUCCAUCAAGAAAAUCUCUCCGAAGCUCGGGGGAGAAAGAGGAACCCGAAACCCUAGAGGCCCAAGUUCUUCACAUGACCUCGUAGAGCAAAUGGAGUUUCUUUACGUGGAAUUAACAAAAGUGGAGCAUGUACCCCAGACAUGUAUCCCCAUCGUCGACAUCACUCUCGGAAACUACAAUUCCUCUACCAGAGAUCUACCAGUUAGACCUAACUGGGAGUGGAACCAAGUCUUUGCUUUCGACAAAUCCAAAGCCGAUGUCUUGUCCUUCUCUCUGAAAGACGGUUAUACAAAUACUGAGAUUGGCAAACGAAGUUUCAAGCUGCCCGCGGAUAUUCCGUCAAGGGUUCCCCCCGAUGCAAGAAUAGCGGCAACGAAUUACGACAUGCAGAACACUGGCAUGAAAUUAGUGAUGUCGAUUUGGUUCGGUACACAAGCCGACGAGGUCUACUCAACCGCUUGGUUUUCGGAUACGUGUGGUGUGAGUGCUAGUUGCGUGAAAAACACGCGACCUAAUAUCUACCUAGCUCCAAUGCUCUGCUACCUUAGGGUUACGAUUGUUUCAGGUCACGAUUUGAUUUCCCACGACGGAAGACGGCCUCCUUCAGCUUUCGUGGAGGUACAAGUAGGGGAUACUAGGCGGUUCGCAAGCAAACUUAUAGUGAAGCUAGCUACGGAUCAGACCUACCACGUCUUCGACGAAUGCAGCCAAUACUGCAGCGACUAUCGCCCUUUCGCCAAAGGGCUAUGGCCUGGCGUGCUGGGCAAGUUAGAGGUCGGGAUCUUGGGAGCUACAGGGUUAACCCCGAUGAAGAACUCGCAGUUUCAGAGACACGCUUACACUGUAGCCAAGUAUGGGAACAAAUGGGCAAGGACUCGAACCGUGGUCAACAAUGCGUCUCCCAAGUGGAACGAGCAGUGCUCAUGGGAUAUUUACGAGAAGUGCACCGUCUUCACGAUUGGCCUCUACGACAACCAUCAGUUAGUGGUGAAUAGCGGCCUUGAUGAUGUUCCGAUCGGGAAAGUGAGGAUUCCGUUGAGUAAGCUGGACUGGAACAAGAUCUACACGGGCUCGUUUCCGAUCUUGGUGUUGGGGAAAGAAGGGUUGAAGAAAACCGGUGAGAUCCAGCUGGCGAUCCGAUGCGCUAUUCCUCCGCCAGCGUGGUUGUUUUUCUCGCCGUCCUACUUUUUGGCUACGUCUCCUUUCCGUUGGAUGCUGCCGAAGUCUCAUUACAAGGCCCCUUUGGGGCUGCUUCAGUACGAAGACCUGAGGUCGAAAGCCGUUGAGGUGAUAUGUUUUAACUUGAAUAAAACAGUGCCGAAGUUGAGAAACGAGGUGGUCAAGGACAUGUUGAAGCCGAGGAGUAAGAGGUUCAGUAUGAGAAGAACCAUAGCUAAUUUCGAGAGGCUGUGUAGAUUCUUCAUGUGGUUGUAUGGCCCGUAUGCUUGGCUGGAUGCGAAUCUGGUCUCCACGACGGAUGUUGGUCGGAAAGCGGUUACGUUUGGUGUCUGUUUCCUACUUGUUGUUGGCCAUCGCUUUUUUUUGUGGUUGUUGGUGGAUUGGUGGUUAUAUGCGUAUAUCGGUGGGGUUUAUAUUCUUUACCGAGUGUACAAGCUCAGGACCGUAGCGUUUAACAUGAUCAUGAAUCGGAGCAACCCUGCUACUCCUUUGGUUCUGGUGGAUUUGAAGCUGUCGAAGCUGGACUCUCCCAACCUAGACAUAUUAGACGAGGAGUUUGACUCGAUGCCAUCGUCGGAGUCUGACGUGUACGUGCUUAGGAUGAGGUACGAUAGGAUGAGGAAGAUGGGGGAGAAAAUCAUGUUGUUAGUGGGAGAUUUUGCGUCGCAAUGCGAAAGGCUUCAAGCGUCCUGGAGGUUAUGUACCGACCAUAUAGUCGUAGUAAUUUGCUUGGUGUUCCUCGGUUACGGAGUUCUUCGGUUACUCCAGUCUGAGACUGAGUAUGUGUUUAAGUCUGUCCUUCUCCUCUUUAUUUCCUAUUGGCUUAAAUUCCCGUGGCAUCGCUACGGUUUGCCAAGCGCCACCAAGAACUAUAUCAGAAGAUUUUCAUCCCACGAAGACCUCAUCAUCACCUGA